AUGCCUCCCUCCCACGGGCUCCCAGCGACGUUGCAGCCAUCAGCUACGACACAUCGGACACAACCACACAUCUCAUUCAGCUGCCAACUUCCCUUCUUCGAACCGACAUUUGGCGUCGUUAUUCUUCACCCCAAGGUUGCCGUUCAUGCCGUGCCGCUUCCACGGUCCAUGUCGUUUGAUGGAAUACUGUUUUCCCGUGCAGAACAUGAGCCGGAAUCUGUGCUCUGUCAUCCCUGUCCCCUGCUCCCUGCUGCUCCCUGUUCCUCAAUCCUCGCCGCUGGGCCGAGGUUGGGAUUUCCGACGAGUCUACACACCCCAACUGGUAGGUGCCCAGCUCAAGUGACAGUAGGCCCGUCCCAGAUUAUUUAUACAUCCAUUCCGUAUGCUACUUCUCGUACUCUAACCCACCCUAUCUAUGAACCCUAUUUAGGCCAAAGACUCCACUGUCACUUGAGCACGUAUUAUCGUGCACGGUUCUCCCAGGUUAACAGGGGAUGCGCAUUGUCAGCUUGUCGCAUCACUCCUCUUCACUUGCGCGAUUCCCAAUCUCAACUACGCCCUAGACCCGAUAUGGUGGACACAACAGAGGCUUCUUGGGUAUCACGAGGGCAGUUCUGUACCACCAUUCUAACGGCGCACACACCCAUUUGCAUGCUGCAUAUGCACCUAUUCAAGGAAAUCAACGUCUGCGGCCUGCCAGUGACCUACGCGCGCAAUGCACCGCACCGCCCGGCCCUUAUCUGA